CCUCCCGCCCCCUCCCGGCCACCGUAGCGGCGGCGGCGGCGGCGGAAGCCCCCUCAGCGGCCACCGUCCCGGGAGGCCCCCGCGGCGGAUGGGCCGCGUCGUCCCGGCCGGCGUUCGGCAGAUGGCUCGGGAGCUUUCAGCGUUUCUUCACCCGGUUUCCCGGGCCGGGUGGAGGUUGUUACCUCCUUUUUUUUUGUUUUGGGUUCUUUUAGGACCGGCCGGGCCCUUUUUCGGUGCAGCCGGUGCCGCCGGAGCUUCUGAAGAAGCGGCGGUUUUGGCGGCGGCUUUAGGGAAGGAAUGCGACAAACCCUGCGCCAACGGUGGGCGCUGCCAGCCGGCCAGCGGGCAGUGCGAGUGUCAGCCCGGCUGGGUGGGAGACCAGUGCCAGCACUGCGGGGGCCGCUUCAGACUCACCGGACCUUCAGGGUAUGUAACGGAUGGGCCUGGGAACUACAAAUACAAAACCAAAUGCACCUGGCUCAUUGAAGGAAGGCCAAACACAAUCCUCAGGCUUCGAUUCAAUCACUUUGCCACGGAGUGCAGUUGGGACCACUUGUAUGUGUAUGAUGGAGACUCAAUUUAUGCUCCUUUACUGGCAGCUUUUAGCGGUCUUAUUGUUCCUGAGAAAGAUAGCAAUGAAACAGUACCCGAAGUUGUAGCUACUUCUGGAUAUGCUCUUCUGCAUUUCUUCAGUGAUGCUGCCUAUAAUUUGACUGGCUUUAACAUCACGUAUAAUUUCAAUAUGUGUCCCAAUAAUUGCUCCGGCCGAGGAGAGUGCAAGCUGAAUAACAGCAGCAACGCUCUUGAAUGUGAAUGUGCCAAGUACUAAGGAGAAGCCUGUGAUAUUCCCUACUGCGCAGACGAUUGUGGGGCACCUGAGAGAGGGUACUGUGACUUCAAUGAUACUAAGACGUGUUUGUGCUCUGCAGGCUGGCAAGGUCCUGGCUGUUCAAUUUCUGUUCCCGCAAACCAGUCGUUUUGGACCCGGGAGGAAUAUUCUCUUCCAAAACUUCCUAGAGCAUCUCACAAAGCCGUAAUCCAUGACAAUAAAAUGUGGAUUGUUGGAGGCUAUGUCUUCAAUCAUUCUGACUCUCAGAAGGUUUUAGCCUAUGAUCUUAUUUCUGAAGAGUGGCUUCCCCUGAACAGCACUGUGAACUCAGUAGAGAUGAGGUACGGUCAUUCGCUGGCGAUACAUAAGGAUGAUAUAUACAUGUAUGGUGGAAAAAUAGAUGCCACGGGCAACGUGACCAGCCAGCUGUGGGUGUUCAACAUUCCCAGGCAGACGUGGACUCAAGCGACACCGAAAGCCAAGGAGCAGUAUGCUGUUGUUGGCCACUCGGCACACAUCAUCACCUUGAAAGAUGACAGCGUGGUCAUGCUCGUCAUCUUUGGGCACUGCCCUCUCUAUGGGUAUAUCAGCAACGUCCAGGAAUACAAUCUUGCCACGAAUACGUGGAGCAUCUUACAGACAAGUGGAGCUUUGGUGCAAGGAGGGUAUGGUCACAGUAGUGUUUAUGAUCCAAAGACAGAAUCCAUUUAUAUCCACGGAGGUUACAAGGCAUUCAGUGCCAACAAAUACAGGCUAGCAGAUGACUUGUACAAAUAUGAAGUUCAUACCCGUAUGUGGACAAUUCUUAAAGACAGCAGAUUCUUUCGCUAUUUGCACACUGCUGUGAUAAUGAGUGGAACCAUGCUGGUGUUUGGAGGAAACACGCACAACGACACUUCCAUGAGCCACGGCGCUAAGUGCUUUUCUUCCGAUUUUAUGGCAUAUGAUAUUGCUUGCAAUAAGUGGUCUGUUCUCCCUCGCCCGGGUCUCCAUCACGACGUGAACAGGUUCGGCCAUUCUGCCCUGCUGUACAACAGCACCAUGUAUGUAUUCGGAGGCUUCAACAGCCUCCUCCUGAGCGACAUCCUGAAAUACACCCCGGAGAGAUGCGAAGCCUUCGACAACGAAACUGCCUGCUUGCGAGCGGGCCCUGGCAUCCGCUGCGUGUGGGCUGCCACCAUCCCGGGCUGCGUCCCCUGGGAAAUGGCAACGGUACAGCAGCAGCAAAAGGUCUUUGAGGAUUGUCCUUCCCGGCCAGUUGUAGACAAUGAAAAAUGUGAUCAGAUUACAGACUGCUAUAGCUGUACAGCAAAUACAAACAACUGUCAAUGGUGCACUGACCAGUGUAUCUCAAUGCAUAACAACUGCACAGAGGAACAGGUUCCUAUUACUGCUUAUGAGAAUUGUCCUAAGGAUAACCCUGCCUAUUACUGCAGUAAAAGGACAAGUUGUAAAAGCUGUGCCAUGGAUCAGAACUGCCAGUGGGAACCUAGGAAUCAGGAGUGCAUCGCUUUACCAGAAAAUAUCUGUGGAACAAACUGGCAUUUGGUUAGCAAUUCCUGCUUGAAAAUUACGAACGCGAAGGAGAACUACGAUCAUGCCAAGCUCUCCUGCAGGUCCAAUGGUGCUUCGCUGGCUUCUCUCACGACCCAGAAAAAGGUAGAAUUUGUUCUAAAGGAGCUGCAGAAGAUGCAGUCUUCGUCCAAAACGUUGACUCCGUGGGUUGGAUUGAGGAAAAUCAACGUGUCGUAUUGGUGCUGGGAGGACAUGUCUCCCUUCACAAACACCCUGCUCCAGUGGCUCCCUGAUGAACCGAGCGACGCUGGAUUUUGUGGUUAUUUAGCAGAGCCUUUGCAGCAGGGACUGAAGGCAGCAACGUGCAUCAACGAAGUCAACGGCAGCGUCUGCGAAAGGGCAGCUAACCACAGCGCCAAGCAGUGCCGCACGCCCUGUGCCCUGCGCACCAUGUGCGGGGAGUGCACGAGCGGCAGCUCCGAGUGCAUGUGGUGCAGCAACAUGAAGCAGUGCGUGGACUCCAACGCCUACGUGGCCUCCUUCCCCUACGGGCAGUGCAUGGAGUGGUACACCAUGAGCAGCUGUCCGCCUGAGAACUGUUCAGGCUACUGCACGUGUGCUCACUGUUUGGAGCAGCCGGGCUGUGGGUGGUGUACCGACCCCAGCAACACCGGCAAGGGCAAGUGCAUCGAAGGCUCCUAUCGAGGGCCCGUCAAGAUGCCAACCCCGUCUGCCACAGGGAAACACAGCUUGGAGCCUGUCCUAAAUAUCAGCAUGUGUCCUGCGGAGAACAAGUACAAUUGGUCCUUUAUUCAGUGUCCAGCCUGCCAGUGUAACGGGCACAGUAAGUGUGUAAAUGAAAGCAUCUGUGAGAAGUGUGAAAAUCUGACGACUGGCAAGCACUGUGAAACUUGCAUCUCUGGCUACUACGGCGAUCCUACUAACGGAGGAACGUGUCAGCCUUGCAAGUGCAACGGCCACGCGUCUGUCUGCAACACAAACACGGGGAAAUGUUUCUGCACCACCAAGGGAAUCAAAGGAGACGAGUGUCAACUGUGUGAAGUUGAAAACAGGUAUCAGGGAAAUCCGCUUAAAGGAACAUGUUACUAUACUCUUCUCAUUGACUAUCAGUUCACCUUCAGCCUUUCUCAAGAGGAUGAUCGCUAUUACACAGCAAUCAACUUCGUAGCAACACCUGAAGAGCAAAACAGAGACCUGGACAUGUUUAUCAAUGCAUCUAAAAAUUUCAACCUCAAUAUUACUUGGUCAACAAGUUUUGCAGCUGGCACGCAGGCUGGGGAGGAAAUUCCAGUUGUUUCAAGAACUAAUAUAAAAGAAUACAAGGACAGUUUCUCCAAUGAGAAAUUUGAUUUCCGCAACAAUCCGAACAUCACUUUCUUUGUUUACGUCAGCAAUUUCACCUGGCCGAUAAAAAUACAGAUUGCAUUCUCACAACACAGCAACUUUAUGGACCUGGUACAGUUCUUUGUGACGUUUUUCAGUUGCUUCCUGUCUUUGCUCCUGGUGGCAGCUGUGGUUUGGAAGAUUAAACAAAGUUGCUGGGCAUCACGAAGAAGAGAGCAACUACUCCGUGAGAUGCAACAGAUGGCAAGUCGCCCCUUCGCCUCCAUCAACGUUGCCUUAGAAACAGAUGAAGAACCGCCAGAUCUCAUUGGGGGAAGCAUAAAGACUGUGCCGAAACCCAUAGCGCUGGAGCCCUGCUUUGGCAACAAAGCUGCCGUUCUCUCCGUGUUCGUGAGGUUGCCUCGAGGACUUGGGGGUAUACCACCACCAGGACAGUCAGGUCUCGCUGUGGCCAGCGCACUGGUGGACAUUUCACAACAGAUGCCAAUUGCCUACAAAGAGAAAUCGGGUGCAAUACGAAAUCGGAAACAGCAGCCCCCUGCACAGCCAGGAACCUGUAUUUGAUGCAUGGACAUCAGAAACUGUAUGGGGUUUUACACAAAACGGAGAAGUAACACCUAGGAGGAGGAAGAUUUUCAAGUUGUGUCACAAGAGACUAGAAGCACUCAGAAAAACACAGCUUCCUUGAACCCAGCCUUUUCUCUCAUCUACGUGAUAGUCGGCUUUCUUUGACAACUGCUCCACUUAAGUUUUUACUGACACGUGGCUUCAGAUUGCGCCUUUGUUCUCUUCGAGUUUAAAGUAAAAUAAUUUUAUUGCAGGUCCAGAAACAUCCGUUCCCCACCGUUCAUGGUCAGUGUAAAUAGAACAGUAGUACAAUGAAUGACACUCAGGUUUAUACAUGGAAAGUGCUUUGUAGUUCAUGUAUUUAUCAAACUGUACAAAACAAAAAAAAAAGAUGCAGUGUUUACAGGUGUCAGCUCUCAACACAUAAACACUACAAUUAGUCUUCAAGGCAUCUUCAUCCUUUUCAUUUGAUAUAUAUAUAUGUUUAUUCCCGCGUUAUUUAAGUGGAACUCUCUUCCAGAUACAAUUUUUUUGUAGUAAUUAUGGUCCACAAUGUCAGGAAGGCAAGAGCUAGGGUGGUUUAAAGGGUGAUGUCGUGUGUUGCUCAGACCACGUGCAAUACCUGGAGGAGCUGAGUGUUGCUGUUUGAAGGACUCAGUGUUUACAUAGUCUUAACCUACUUGGAGUACACCACACACAAGUGCCUAGACUUGAACAGAUCUAGGGAGUGAGGAGACUACUACACGCAUUUCUUUUUAACAUAAUUAUGUUCCUUUUAAAUAUAUAUAUACAGAGAGAAAGAGAAUGUCACUCAAGGCAAUCUGUGAUCUUUAUAAUAUAUCACGUGCAGUCAGGGGAAAAUAGCAUUUUCCUGACCCACCAACUACUCAGCCAGAUGGAAAUAUCUGGAGGGAAAGCAGAGUUUCAGUAUCUCAGAAGAAAACUCCUGGCUUCAUCGGCGCAUUUAAUAGAAGCAGCUUGUGUUCUAGGUCAGAUAUGUUACAUUUCUUCUGUGUUUCUUUGCCCAUUUGGCCUCUUUCCCUCCCCUUUCCCUCAGGCCAUUUUUCUGGACAAGAGCCGAGCUGUGCCGGUGCACGGAGGCGCUGCUCCUUGGCAGCAAGACUUGUCCCAUCUCCUUACUGGGUGUAAAAAGCAACACUCCGGGUGCGAGGUCAUUUGAGGACGAGGAAAAAAGAAAAAAACUUAGGCAGAGCAGCUUCAUUUGGCCACAGGUUUGGAUUUUCCGUGAUUAAAUGAUGUUCCCCGUGUGGGUUGAGUGUUCGGAUCAGGUCUGAGAUGCUGAAGACGGUGGCUUGUUGGUGUAAGGAAGGGAUUUGGAAAGAGCUAGAAAAAAAAGGCUUGGCUUUUGGAGGAUGUGUCAAACCGCCUGGCCCUUUUUAAAGCGAAUUAGUUAGGAUUGUGUUUGGAGGUUCGAGGUGGGGCUGUACCUGUCUGUGCGUGCUGCACGACGUCUCCAUUGAUGGUGGAUCCAGUGGAUCACGACGGGUGCAUGUGGUGCAGUGCUGGGACCACGCCAAGUGGUGGUGGAGGAGAUAUGAUGGUGAUGUGAUGUGCCAAACGAGGCACAAAAUCAUAACUUAAUCACUUUAUGUGUGGUUCCAUUUGGAUUGCUGGUUUCUUAGGAGGACAUCUGGAAUUUAUGCAAGGGAGAAGCAACAAACCAGGGGGACCGAAGGGAGCUGCUGUCCAAUCUUCUGGUCUGGUAGCACCUUUUCCCCAAACGCCACCCAAGUAACUGCAUCUUUUUUCGUGCACGUUUUGGUAAUCCAUCCAUCACAUAUCAGCCACUUGUUCCUUUCUGUUAGUACGUGUUUCGAAGAACCUUUUUGGAGCGUGGCAUUGCAAUAAAGAUGUGAGCUGCUGUGUGUGUCCGGGCGGUGGUGACGGGGGACAGCAAUCUCGGUGGAUUUUGCUGCUGAGCUGGUGUGUCAUUUACCAAAUCCAACAGAACUGCGGAAAAAAUAAGGUGGAGAAAUGCAUAGAUACAUAUAUUUGUAUAUAUAUGUUUGUAUGUAUAUUCCCCAAUCUGCUUCUAUACCAGAAGUGUAAACUCCCUCUGGGGAAAAGAAAUUGAGGUGGGGGGAAAGGGAUGAGCGAUGUCUUUCAGAAUGAAGGGUUUUAGGCAAUUUAGUUGUAGCUGAUGCACAGAUUACCUCAGACAGAUUCAUCUCCUGCACAUAUUUUGUGACUUUCUAUGUGUAUAGGGCUAACCUGGAGUAGACUGUACCAGAGAAAUAAUACUGGACUACAAUUCCUCCCCUGCUCUAACUGCUUGUGCUUUCAGUUGUGCUGCGCAGCCUCAUGCUCAAAAACAUCUUCUCCUGCUUCUCCAGCCCUUUUGGGGUGGAGAUCUGCCAACCCAAAUUAAGAAAACUCUCGUGCUUAAGUCUCUGUAUUCGGGACAGCACUUCAGCAGUGCUUAAAGCUGUUGCUUUCCUGGAAGGAAGCGGCUUUCUGAACAACAGGCCUGGGAGGGUGAUGUAUUUGCACGUUACCAAAAGGACAGGGAUGAUUUUCCCCCAGAGAGAGCUGGGUGGUUUGGUCUCAAAAGGAGGAACGUGCCCAGAAGUGAGGUGUCAGGUAUUCAAAAAACGAGCAAAAACGAUCAAACUUUGAUGAUUAGCAGAACCAAAAAAAAAAAUGUAAAUAGAGGAACGAGAUUUAUUUAUAUAAAUCAAACAAAACGGCUCCUUUUGGAUGUAGCUCUGCUCUGCAUCUUAUCUCCAUACUGAUGAGGGAAAAAGAGAACUCUCAUACAUAUCUCUGCUGCAAACAGUUUCAUCCCAGCUUGAAGGUAAAAUAGAGACGAGGAUGGGAACGGAUGGGGGGAAGGACUGCUGGUGGUUUAUCACCGGGCCAAUAUCAGAAGUGAAGGAUUUGUGGGGUUCUUUCCCUUGGAGGUGAGGGGAGAAAAAGAGCAACCUGAUUUCAUGGGAGAAUCUGUAAAUAAAUGAAAAAUAACACACCAAUUUUGCACUUGUACAUAAACUAUACAGUAGUGUGCAGAACGUCGAAAGAUUUAAAGUGUAUAUAAACCAGAAAAAAAAAAUAUUGAAUGUAUUUUUGAUGCAUUUUAAAUGAUGUAUGAGUUUUGUCUUAAUAACUUCUUCAUAUGACGAGCAUUAGAUAACUUUCCAGAGCUUUAAAGAAACAUCAAAUUAUCGUCCUGAUAUCUUGCGGUGUAAAGCAGGGAGGCAUAACUUGACUUUAUGUAUUCAAAUGCGUUUCACUUAAAUGUGUAAGCAAAGUAAAACAAGGCUCUUCUGUUUGAAAGGGAAAGAACCAACGCUUGAAGACAGGUAAUAAAUGUACUUAAAGUAGUCGUUACCUGGAGGAUUAAGUCAGCAGUUUAAGCCUCUCCUAUUAAGAUUGUGCCAGUGAUUUCCAUUCAAAAUCACUAUUUUCAAGCGUUUAUAACUGGCUGAAAUUCAGCAUUCAAGGUCUCAGCCCUUAUUUUUUGAGAGUAGCCUUUAAAAAACUCAAGAAGAAAUGUUGCAGCCCUCUUAUUCUAGAAAGCAACGGUGCCACUGGAUCUCCAAAAAAAAAUAAAUAAGUUUUUGCUUCGCCAUUGCCCAUUUUUUAGCCCAAAAUUUUCUCUGGACUGUUGUAGGAUGAGCGAUAGGAGACCCUUUCCGUGAUAGGGGUCAAGAUGUUGGAUACAGGAAGAUUUGUAGGACACAGCUUCUGAGUUGUUGCCACUCUCAUGGGGCUUAAAAUGUGCUGUAUUGAAAAUGCCAAAAUAAACCUGCAUGUGAUGGGGUUAUGCCUGUGAUCAACACAAAGUUGAAGCGUAUAAUGUCCCCAAAUUUGAUGGUGUGGUGCUGUAAGGGCACGACAGGCUCCACAAAGCCCUUGUUGGUAGUUGCAGGCUUCCUUAGGGCUGGUUUGUACACGAAAUAUUGCCACAAAACAUCAUUUUCUCGGUGGUAAACCCUUACCAAACCACGUCAUCAUGGUUUAUGGUAUGGUUUUAAAAUGGCAGCUUGGCUUGCUGGCCCUCAGUUAACCAAAAUGAGCUUUUGGUGAAGUUUUUUGGCUCACCCAAGAGGCCAAAAUAAAGCUCGAGGCCUGCCCAAAACCAGGCUGAGGCCCAGCACCGCGGCGCUCAGCCCAUCUCCAUCCAUGACCGCCGCCGUGCCAGCGGCUGCUUUUGCUUUUCCACCAAAACCCAAGCUGGGGACAGAGCCACCCCACAUGCCCUUGGCCGUGCCCCUUUAAAAACCCUCCUUUUUCCCCAAAAUGCGGAUUUCUCAGCACUGAGCUUGCGAGGAAGCAAAGACCAGGCCCUGCGUGCCAGGAGCAACUUUUAAAGCAAUCCAAUCAAUAAUAUAACCCGUGGACUUUUAUUUUCCCUCGCCAUCUCCUGGAGUGCCACAGGGACAGGUGGGGAAGGGAAGGAGCCUUUGGGGAUUUCGGAGCCCCCCAAGCUUAGCAGUGAGGGCAGGGGGAGCAAAGGGAAGGGAGGUGCAGGCGUGCGCUCCUCAUUUUCAGACACACUCUUGGCAAUUUUGGUCAAAUUCAUGUUUUUUUUUCCAUUGAUAGCUGCUUGAACGAGAUGAGUAGCCCAUGCUGGGGGUGCUGCGUGCUGGUUUUUUUAUUUCAUCUUGUGCUCCGGGGCAGGUUUGGUUCGGUUUGUAUCGCUCCAACACUACGCGUGGACGGCGUUCGUGCGUCUUCCAGGGACCGCAGCUCUCCAGGCGUUCCCUCCAUCCCUCCACACCUCUCAUCGGCUCCACAAACCUCACCAGAAGAAGGAAGAAAAAUCAUUGUGGAGGAGCGUAACAUAAGUCAGUCCAAUUUUUUUUUUUUCUAAAAAAAAAAUAAAAAGGAAAGCAAAAAGAACAUAAAGACAGGUUUUAUAUUACUCUGAAAUUUGUGCACAAUAAAUGUCCUUUACACUAGGAUCCUUGAAUUAAUUGUAUUCUGGAUUUUUAUUUUUUUUUGGUCGUUCUGUAAUUAUUUACAAUUCUUAUCUGUGUUCGGACUUGAGCUUAGUUUGUUAAUAUGUAUAAUUUAGCAUUUAUUGCAUUCAUAUGUAAAUAUGAGCAAGUAUUGUAAACUAUUUCAUUGCUGGGGACUGUGGGUGUUAUACAUACACACAUUUAGGACUGCAGUUUUUGGUAUAAUUUUUUGUAUUGUAAAAUAACAGCUAAUUUAAAGCAGGAACGAGAAAAUUAUCGGGAGGUCUGUGCAUUUUAAAUACAAAUGUGAAGUACAUGUAUAUAAAUAAAAGUAAAUAAUGCAAAUCUUUCCUCUGAAAUAAAAAGUAGACGAUCUGGUUAAAAACUC